CGGCGCAGCAGACACCAGCAUGGGCAAAUUGAAAGUGCCGGCCGACGUCGACUUGGCGGCCGCCACCAUCGGCGGCUGCCUCAAGCAAGUGCGGCGCCUGAACGUCCCGCUCCCGGCAGACCACGUGCCCGCGACGCAAAAAGUAUGGAUCUGCGAUGUGCGGCCGCAGCAGACCCAGGCCGUGGUGCGCUUCAUCGAACAGCACAUGGACCCGGCCGACACCGCGGCGUUGGCGCACGUCAAGCGCUUCCGCAAGCACGCCGGGCCCGGGCCCGGUGCCGCGCUCAUCCUGGCGGUCUUGUGCCCGGUCCACCGAUACCCGGCCAAGAGCCAGCUCGUCGAGCUUCUCCAGGCGCAUUUCGACGACGCGUUCCCCGCGUCCUGCGUCUACGCGGGCGCCGUCCCGCUGGAGCUCCCGCCCACCAAGGAGCUCUCGGCGAGGUGGAGCAGCGACAUCUGGCCGCUUUCCUGGAAGGGCAACCCGAACCACCAGGACCUCAUCACCGCGCGCUUCGACGUGGCCGAGGAAACGGCGCUCGUGGCCCGGUUGCUCCGCGAGGCGCACGGGCCCGGCGGCGCCGCGGUGGCCACCAUCGUGGCCCAGCAGGACCCGGCGACUAAGAAGAUCGCCGUGUUGCAUGCCGUGCGCGACUCCAGAGAGGACCAUGUCUUGCAGCACAGCGUGAUGAACGCCGUGGCCGCGGUGGCCCGCGCAGAAGUGGCCCGGCGGGCCGACCCCGCCCGCGCCGCCGCCGGCCAGGACGGCUACUUGUGCCACAACCUCCUCGUGUACACGACGCACGAGCCCUGCGCCAUGUGCGCCAUGGCGCUCGUACACUCGCGCAUCGGGCGUCUUGUGUACGUGGCCACACACCCGCUUGGCGCCAUCGAGUCCUCGCAUUACAUCGGCGACCGCCGCGACUUGAACUGGACGUUUGAUAUCUGGCGGUGGGUCGGGCCGCACGGCUCCAGCUUGCGUGUUUUGCCCGACGACGUGGCGCCGUAGCGCACGGGCAAGUAUGUAUGGAGUAGACCGCUGCUAUUUGUUGCUCUUGGCGUCGUCCCGUAGCACCGCAAUGCACUUCUGCGCCAGCAGACAUGCACUGGCACACUGCGCCAGGUCCGGGCAGCUUGCCGCCAGAUCGAGCUGGCCAAUCAAG